AUGCCCUAUGAAGGAUGGACGCCAGAGGCGGGCGCCACCGUGCCGGUGGAGCCGGCCACCUUGUCUGCGCAGGCGAUGUGGACGCGCUAUAUUCAGCCGCGCCGGCCUGUGGUGCUGGACGGAUGGCUCGACGAUGCGUCCUGGAAGGCUCAGCAAUGGACGAACCGGGCGUACCUGGAGGAAAAGGCUGGCGAUGCCGAAGUGAUGGUCGAGCCGGUGCAUCCCAAAGAGCAGUGCUUUGGUACGAGUAUGAAGAGACAGCCUAUGAAGCUGCGUGAGCUCCUGGACCGCCUUCACGAUCCCGCACAGGACGGCACGUUUUACCUGACGACACAGUACGAAGCGGACGCCGAUGACGCCGCGUCCGCGGCGACGGACGAUGGGCCCGGCCUGGAUCCCGUGCUUCCAUCUCCCACGCACAAGCUGCGCGAAGACUUUCCGCUGCAUCCGCGGCUUCUGGGCGAUCUGGUGCUGCAACAGUGCAACCUGUGGAUCGGUAGCGGUACCAAGCAACGGAGCUCGGGGUUGCACCACGACUUUCACGAUAACUUGUACGUUCUCCUUCAAGGGCACAAGCGAUUUGUCCUGUUUCCACCGUCGGCGCACGAGCACUUGCACAUUCGCGGUAACCUCACGCACGUGCACCCGAAUGGCCUGCUCGUGUACGACGACGCACCCAUCCGAGCGGACGGUCUUGAUGAGCUAGAUGCAGCGCAUUGGCGCGUCGUUGCGCGCUCGAAGCGCGCCUCGAAGAAGCGACGCGCGGAUGGCAGUGUGCCUGAUACAUACGCUAUGGCCAAAGAGGCAUGGCGGAAGCUGCGCUCUGAAAGGGAAGGUGACGAGGAAGACGACGACGAGGGAGACGAAGAAGCCGACGACGAUGAUGAUGAUGCGCUUGGCGUGCUCGAUGGCGGUGAUGCAGAGAGCGAAGCGGGCGAGAUGGACGAGGGCGAGGCGCUCCUGGCGAACCUAGACGGUGAUGAGCCGCCGAGUUUCUCGCUCAUAAAGUCAUACCAGCUUCACAAGCACUUUGGGAUCGAGCCAGCGAUGAAAGCGCCUGACGGUGCCACCUCGACACUCGCACCGAGCUCGCAAUGCCCUGUGCCCCUGGUCGUGGAGCUACGUGCGGGCCAAAUGCUCUAUUUGCCGGCCAGCUGGUUCCACGAAGUCACGUCGUGGGCGUCCGAGUCGGGGCCACAUAUGGCCUUCAACUACUGGAUGCACCCGCCCGAUGGCCAGGCAUCUGCCUAUGCGGACGCAGAAGUCUGGGAGGUCAUUCGUGAGCGUGUAGCGGCAUUAUAG